AUUGGAGCCUAUCAGUACUAGGGUCAUAGUCAUUGGUUGGCGCCGCCCGGCUGGCGACGUGCAUUGGUGGUGCCAGGCGAGAUCUGGAAUCUGACACCUCAGUUUCAAACGAGACAUGCGUUGCGCGCCGGUCGUGGCUGUCGCCAUGAGCAUGGCGGCGGUGGCCAACGCCUGGGUCAAGUCGCGCUGGGACCACGCCAAGGCCUUUCAGAAGAUCGGUCACGCAGAGCUCACGUGCGCGUCAUCGACCCAGCCCGCCGGCUGCUGCUUGUGUUGGACGAUUGUGCACGACAUCGAGUCGCAGCUCAACCAGACCGAGAACGAUCACCACAUGGAGGUCGUCUUUCGCAUCAGCGAAGAGAAGAAGCAGAUCCCAUACUCUCGCAGCGAGGGGCGCAUCCUCGAAGUGCUCGACACGGUAUGCGACGACGUGCAAGUCACGAGCCCCAGCACGCCCCAUCGGCGCAUCAAGUACGCCGUCGCCAACGCGUGCCAUCACUUUGUCGACGAAUUCGCCGACGAGCUCACGACAGCCUUUUACAACAACCUCUCGCCCCAGCAAGAGUCCGUCUGCGUGCAAAAGCUCCAAGUGUGCGCGCGGGCGCCCAAGGACGAGCUCUAGUCACUACAGCACGAUCAUAUACCGUGUUUACGGCGCCUUUAACGAGACGAGCUUGAUCGCGCCCAGUCGAUCCUUGUUCUUUUCGAGCGCGCCCUUGUCGCCGACG